GAGUACUGAUCAUACAGUUCUCUUGAUCUUGUUUGUAUCGCUAGCUUCUUAUUAAUUUACUUAUAUAUAUAGACCUUGAAACAUGCACAGACCUAAUUCAAACGGCACAAAUUAAGAGCUGGGGAGAGUUACAAUAAUGGAAGUGACCAACAGGUACAUAGUAACAAAGACUCACGUCGAUGGUGCACCAGAAGAGUCACACUUCGAGCUGAAGACUGCAUCUCUUGCUCUAACAGUGGAGCCUGGGUCCAACGAUGUCGUAGUGAAGAAUCUCUAUGUAUCGAUUGACCCAUACCAGCUUAACCGCAUGAAGAGUUACAGCUCCUCUCAGAGUGCCAUAAAUUUUUCUGUCGGCAUAACCCCCGGCGAGGGUAUUGAUGCAUAUGGUGUUGCUAGAGUUGUGGCUUCUGGGAAUUCCAAGGUCGAGAAAGAUGACUUGGUUGUUGGUUUGAUUGCCUGGGGAGAGUAUAGCGUGGUAAAAGAAGGAAAUAUGUUAAGCAAAUUGGAUCCAAUGGGAUUUCCACUGACUUACCACGUUGGAAUUCUAGGGUUUAGUGGAUUGGCGGCUUAUGGUGGGUUUUUUGAAGUAUGCCAACCCAAGAAGGGGGAGAAAGUCUUUGUAUCUACAGCUUCUGGAUCCGUUGGAAAUUUGGUUGGACAGUACGCCAAACUGUUUGGUUGCUAUGUUGUUGGCUGCGCUGGGAGCAAGAAAAAGGUAGAAUUGCUCAAAGAGAAGCUUGGAUUUGAUGAGGCAUUCAACUACAAGGAUGAAACAGAUUUGAAGUCAACUUUGAAAAGGUACUUCCCUGAUGGAAUCGACAUAUAUUUCGACAAUGUGGGGUCUGAGAUGCUGGAAGCAGCAGUUGCUAACAUGAAUACUUUUGGUAGAGUUGCAGUUUGUGGUGUAAUUUCCGAAUACACAAAUGGAAAGCGAGCUGCUCCUGACAUGCUUGAUGUUGUGUACAAUAGAAUUACAAUACGAGGGUUUUUGGCAGCUGAUCACAUGAAUGUAUACUCAGAUUUCAUAUCAACAACUUCCGAUCACCUUCGUACUGGAAAUAUGCAGGCCCUUGAAGAUAUCACUCCUGGUGUAGAGAACAUACCGUCUGCUUUCAUUGGACUCUUCAGCGGUGACAACAUUGGAAAGAAAAUUGUGAAGAUUGCAGAUGAAUGAAUGGAAAGAAAAUAAAAAACUCAUUUUGCUUGAUUAAUUAAGUGAAAUAAACAUAUGAUUAACCA